AUGGGUAAUUUAAUGAUUUCCUUUUUGAAAAAAGACACACAAAGUAUUACUUUGGAGGAGCUAGCCAAAAUAAUAAAAAAGUGCAAACACGUCGUUGCCUUAACAGGGUCAGGUACAUCAGCAGAAAGUAACAUCCCAAGUUUCCGAGGGUCAUCGAAUUCGAUAUGGAGUAAGUAUGACCCAAGAAUAUAUGGAACUAUAUGGGGUUUCUGGAAGUAUCCUGAGAAGAUAUGGGAAGUAAUACGAGAUAUAUCAUCUGACUAUGAAAUAGAAAUAAACAAUGGUCAUGCAGCAUUAUCAACUUUAGAAAGUUUGGGUUAUUUAAAAUCAGUAGUAACACAGAAUGUCGAUGGAUUACAUGAAGCAAGUGGGAAUACAAAGGUUAUAUCAUUACAUGGGAAUGUAUUUGAAGCAGUAUGUUGUACAUGUAAUAAAAUAGUAAAAUUAAAUAAAAUAAUGUUACAGAAAACAUCUCAUUUUAUGCAUCAGUUACCACCUGAAUGUCCUUGUGGAGGAAUAUUUAAACCGAACAUUGUAUUAUUUGGAGAGGUUGUUUCAUCAGAUCUUUUAAAAGAAGCAGAGGAAGAAAUAACAAAAUGUGAUUUACUUUUAGUAAUUGGCACAUCAUCAACAGUAUCAACAGCUACUAAUUUGUGUCAUUUCGCUUGUAAGAAAAAAAAAAAAAUUGUGGAAAUUAAUAUAUCCAAAACAUAUAUAACAAACAAAAUGUCUGAUUAUCAUGUGUGUGCAAAAUUUAGUGAAUUAAUUAAAGUGGCAAAUAUAUUAAAAGGGGUCAAGUGA